GAAGGAAGUGUAAGAUUUUGGUUUUCGUUUCGAUUUUCUCAUCUUAAAAAUGUUUGUUCCACGAAGUAUUCCUGUUGAACAUAAAGAUCUGAUACAUGAUGUAGCAUUUGAUUACCAUGGUCGACGUAUGGCAACAUGUUCCAGUGAUCAAAGUGUGAAGAUCUGGGACCUGGGAGAGGAUGGAGACUGGCACUGUUCCGCAUUUUGGAAGACUCACAGUGGUUCGGUGUGGAGAGUAACCUGGGCCCACCCAGAGUUUGGACAGGUGAUCGCCACUUGUUCAUUUGACAGGACAGCCGCAGUGUGGGAAGAGAUAGUUGGCGAGCCGAGUGCUGAGGGGCAGCAGAACCACUGGGUCAAACGCAGCAGUUUGGUUGAUAGUAGGACAUCGGUGACAGAUGUGAAGUUUGCUCCGAAACACUUAGGCUUGCAGUUAGCCACUUGCUCAGCAGACGGCGUGGUGCGAAUCUAUGAGGCUCCCGAUGUGAUGAAUCUGAGUGGAUGGACACUACAGCAUGAGAUACAGUGUAAAUUAGGUUGCAGUUGUCUCUCAUGGAACCCCUCCAGAGUUCAUGCUCCGAUGUUAGCCAUAGCCAGCAAUGACCCGAAUCAGGCCGUAGGUGGGAAAGUUCAUUUAUAUGAAUACAGCGAUAACCUAAGGAAAUGGACCAAAAUCGAUAUACUAUCGACAAUCACAGAUCCUGUCAAUGAUGUAGCAUUUGCACCAAAUCUUGGACGGUCGUACCAUUCUCUAGCAAUAGCAACAAAAGAUGUCCGCAUACUGACAUUAGAGCCCCUAAGGAAAGAACAGGCAGCAUCACAACAGAGUGGCACAAAACUUGGCAUCCGACAGGUGGCACAGUUUGAGGAACACAACUCACAGGUUUGGCGAUUGAGUUGGAAUAUUACUGGAACGAUACUAGCUUCCUCUGGAGAUGACGGCAGCGUACGACUCUGGAAAGCUAAUUACCUCGACAACUGGAAGUGCAUCUCGGUGUUGAAAGGCGACGGCAGUAUGACGGCAGUCAUGGAAAACGGACUGAUUGGUGGAGGUUAUACACACGUUGGCUCAGUCAACGGCACAGUCUCUGCGACGAAUGUGGCACGAUAUCACAAGUCAAGUGGCGGAGCGUCUGGAAUGUUUUGACGAGAAUUAAAAGUCAAGAACUGAACAAUUGAUCUUAUAUUGGUGGAAACUCGACUGUGUCACUUGAUCCGCUCUCAUUUAUUUUUGAUUGUGAUGGUAUUAUGUUCCCUAAAGAUGGCCAGCGGACAGUGGCACUUCCGAUCAUUGUAUACCUUGCCUAUUACUAAUGGGGAUUUAGUCCCAGCUGCCUGACAACAAAGAUGUUUUUAGCUCCGUAGUCUGGUUGGUCUUCUUCUAAACAAUUUGUGAAAAAUCUGUAUUCAGAUAUUCAUUGUUCAUCUUAAAGAGUCUGUAGAUUGUAAAAUCGUUCGAAAUACAGUUUACCUGUGAGACACUAGCACACUGUGACUGCAGUAAUAAAGAGCAGUGCAGCUCUUGUCAACUUACAGACCACUCACUCUUCAAGGAAGUGAAUACCCUACAACCUUUGUGGGAUAUAGUCAAAAUUGCUCUACAUGCUAAUAUCGGGUCUGGAAUCAUGAUAAAUUGUGCCGUUAAGCACUUCCCCUGAACAAUAUUGCAAGGAUUUGUAAUAAAAUA